AACAUGUCGCUUAUGUAAUGACAAAAGAACGAAACGCGUAAGGAGAUAUUGUUAGGACGCUUAGCGGCGUGUCGCGUGCGGGGAAGGGGAGGGGGGGAUGAGGGCGCGCGCCCCGUCUUCCCGGUGACGCAGCCUGUCCGUCUCCUCCGCCGUCUCGCGGCGCCACCCACCCCGCUCGCGCUCGAACUGCUGGAUUGCCGUCGCGCGGGACAGCCACGCCGAGAGCCGGAGCGCUAGUUCCACGGACAUGUGGGUUUCAUUUCGCACAGAAGAUAGUGACCUGAGGUCCACUAGGGGCUGUUUGCCAUGGGAUGACAGCAUUCCACACACUGAUCGCACACUUGGAGACCACAUCAGCAGGGCUUGGACUGUGUAUCACCAUCCAGAGUGCUAAGGACUGCUUUCUUCCUCCCAGUGCUUUCCACAAGAUGUUUCUUCUUGACCACUGGAAUGCUUAUUCUAACCUGAUCUUCAAAAUCUCAUCAUUCCUAGGGCCUUUUAUGGGUCCUGAUAUUAAACUUCUAAAGUAAGCCAUCUUACUAUUCUCUGCUAGUUUCUUUCUUGUGCGUUUCUGUGCUCCUGCUCGGAGACAAUGGACAGCCCGCCCAAACUGUUAGGGGAGACCAUCGUAGUGCACCAUAUUCCCCUGGUGCACUGCCAGAUCCAAGGCCGCCAAUGCUGUGGACCGGUCAAGCACCCUAACCCCUUCUGCCCACCUGACAACUUGGGCCUGACACGCACCACCUCUCUGCCUGAGCGGGACCUCUUGCCCCAAGAAGCGCUGGUCUACAGCAGCCUCAUCCAGACUUCUAGCAGCAGUGGGAGCUCUACUGUCUCAGAGGGACAUCAUGCUGGAGGAGCGCAACGUAAUCUGGGAACAGAUUUCUUCCAUUCCUGUGACUCAGAAGAGCCCGUCCAGCUACCUACCUUGGCCAAGUCAAAGAACAAGAGUAGCCCACUGCGCCGCAACCCUUUCCUUCCUAAAACAAAUGAUGACGAAGACGAUGAAGAUGGGGAUGAUGAAGGAAACAACUUGAAUGGGUAUCUGGAGGACUCCUCCUUUCACUUGCAUGGCAACACCAACACGACCAUCAGCAAAGUGCCAGAUAUGUCUUCUUUCAGCUUGGAUGGACUUGGGUACACCUCAGAGCCAUUUAUGCUUCAUGAUAGCCUGGGCCAGGUCUGGUGUACAGAGGGCGGUUGCAUGGGGAUCACAGAAAGUCAGCAGGGGCACAAAUUUAGAGCCAUUCAGCACUCUCAGCCUGAUGAUGAGGAGCCCCAUGGGAGCAAUUGCUCCCCACUGUCCAUGGACUGGGAGGAGGAAGAAGAGGAGGAGGAGGAGGAAGACCACCGUAUGAGCAAUGGGCCAAGCAGCCAGGCUUGUAGCUGCUGCUCCACCCCCGAGGUGACCCUACCUUCUUCUGGCCACUGCUGCUUCAGCCGUUCCAGGAACCAGCUGUGCUAUGGCAGUGACUCCUCUGGCAAUAGCUCAGAUGGCGUGCUGGUUAGCUUCAGUGCCAUCUACAGCAAGACGAACAAUGGUGUGCCUGCAAAGCCGCUCAACCUCAACGGCUCUUCUGGGCGGUCCUGCUCUUCCUCCUCCUCGGAGCCGGGUGGCGCCUUCUACCUUGAUCUGCAGACGUCGCCCACUGAGCCCCUCGGGAACUGUUCAUCACAAGAUGCAAAUGAAAACACGCCCUAUCUGCGCAGGUCCCCACCAACUGUAGAUGCCAACUGUAAUUCGUACGCCCUACAGUGUGAGGACCUGCCAUCUUCUGAGGUCACGGACAUGUCUUCCUGUGUCCAAAGCCAGGCCAGGCUGGCCAUGGCCACGCAGAACUACUACAAACUGGUGACCUGCGACCUGUCAUCUCAGUCCUCUCCAAGUCCUGCUGGCUCAUCGACCACCAGCUGCUCUGAGGACCACAAUGUGGGCAGCCCUGACCAGCCAACUGAGUACUUUCUCUUCAGGAGACCCAGGGAAGAGGCGGAGAUGGAGGAGGACAAGGAGGAAGUUGAGGAUGAGGAGCUAUCAAGGCAACGAGGGGAAGAGGAGGAUGGGGCAAAGAAGGUGGAGCAGAGGGGGUGUGAAAGUCCUGUGAACAUGUUGGAGGGGCAGGUGUACGUGAACAUCACCCCCGCUGUGGGCGGCCACUCCCGGGGUUGCGUAGAUGGGAGGCCGCGCUCACGUAGCUACGAUCGCAACCUAGAUGUGUAUCCUUCUCUGGAGCGCAUGCUCAGCUGCCCCAUGCGUCUCAGCGAGAGCGGCUCCCGCUGUCCGACACUGCCGCUGGCUCCGCCCCCACCCCGCGUCACUUCGUUUGCGGAGAUCGCCCGGAGCAGGAGGAGGUGCACGGCACUGCUGCCUGGCACAGAGGCCUCCUCUACCCGCUCGCAGUCCUCUCUGGAGUUAGCCUCGCAGCCGCUGAUACGGUGCCGCAGUCAGGGGAGCUGCGACAUGUCACCACGGCUGCAGCUGCGCCCAAGUGUCAACCAGAGCUGUGAGGCACGCACCAAAGCUGAAGGGGGUUUGUCUUCACCUUGCGAAGGCAUCUCUGCAGUCGUGCGCUACAGCAAGGAGCAGAGGCCCACCUCGCUGCCCAUCCAGCCCUUCAUGUUCCAGCACCAGUUGGGCAAGCCACAGAGCCAGUUCCUGCGACCUCUUCUCAGCGAGUACAUCAGCCAGAUGCAGGGCCGGGCCAGGGGCCAGCCCGCCAGUCAAGGGGGCCAGGAGGCUGCGGAGGGACCCACGGGGAGCCCGGCUACCCUCCCAGACUCUGUCCGGCCCUCCCCGCUAGGAAGCUACUCCCCAGUACGCCAGCAGGACCUCCCUAGCUCGGGAACCUGCUCCACCUGCAGCCCCAGCCCAGGGCGCUGCCGGAGCGGCCCGCAGGCUCCACGCAGCCUCUCCUGUCCUGCUGCAGAUGGCUCCUUGCCUCCUUGGCCCUCAUCCUGGAGCUCACUGCAGCCUAACCAGGUGCAGAGCCUCAGUCUUGAAAAGGAACACGGUUCUCCCUCCCCUGGUUCGCUUCCUUUGAAGGAGAAGCAACCAGCGUCCCCACUUGCUGCUGCACCACCUGACUAUGUCAAACGCAGCUCCUUUCCCACCAUGAACACCGGUGUCCUCAGCCCAGUGGACCACCUGGAGCACGUUCGCAGCUAUGGCAGCGGCAAAGGGCUUGAAGUGUCAGCUGUAAACUGUACCGGACAACGGCCUCCAAAAAUGCACCACCUCUCCCCACAGGCUCUUAAAUGGCGGGAGUAUCGCCGAAGGAAUCCUCUGGGGCUCGAGGACUCCUCCUCGCUGCAUAACGGCCUGAGUGCCAAAAGGGGAGAAGGCAGGCUCCCCCGACGCAACGUCUUCAAUUUCCCAGCAUCUUCUGGGCUCUCCAACUCGUGGCAACACGGUCAAGCCCCGAAACCUGUCCAGCAUCACCACAGCGAGUUGCCGGACUACUUCUCACUGGCCGAGAAACCGCCGGAGGAGUUCUGCUUGUCACCUGACGCUACUUCUGAGUCCGUGUCAAUCGAUCUGCUGCAGAAGAAGGAUCUGGUGAAAGCCAUCAACAUGGCAGUCGAUUUAAUAGUGGCUCACUUUGGCACCACCCGGGACCCUGGAGUGAAGGCCAAACUGGGAAAUAGUUCUGUCAGCCCCAACGUUGGCCACCUGAUUCUGAAGUACUUGUGUCCAGCCAUUCGGAACGUCCUUCAAGAUGGACUCCGGGGCUAUGUGCUGGACCUGAUAAUCGGACAACGGCGAAACCACCCCUGGACCAUUGUGGAGGCCUCAACGCAGCUGGGUCCAUCGACCCGUGUCCUCCAUGGCUUGUUUUCCAAGGUGAGCCAGUACUCUGAGCUCACCAGUCACAGCAUGAGACUAAAUGCUUUCAUCUUUGGCUUACUCAAUUCACGAUCCCUGGAAUUUUGGUUCAAUCACCUCUUUACUCAUGAAGACAUUGUUUCAGCGCACUACCAUCCUUGGGGCUUCCUUCCCCUGUCCCAAGGAGCAUGCAGACCUCUGUUUGAGGAGCUUCUUCUGCUGCUGCAACCCCUAUCGUUGCUGCCCUUUGAUCUAGACCUUCUGUUCGAGCCCCGUCUUCUGCAGAAGGGUCAAGAACAUAUCCGCCGCAAAGAGCAGCUGUGUUCUGCUGGACUGCGCCUCGAGCAUUCUGCACGAUCCACGUUCCAGCUGAUGAGGGGGUUUAGCAAAGGUGGGACAGCCACCAAGAGAGAGGAGGCAGACACGAAAGCAGAGGAGCUGGGACUGAACCAACUGAAAAUCAAGCAACGUCAGGGAGAUGUGUUACUGGAGGAUGAAACAUCGAAGGAUAGCAGAGAGGGACUGGAACACCCUGUGCGGACACAGAGCGAGGGGAGGGACAAAGAAUUAAAAGUGGCUGGGGCAGAAGCUAGACAGUCAGCUGAAUGUGGUGUGGAAGAAAGAGCAGUGGGUGGUGGUGAAGUGCUGAGGGUGACUGGUGCCAGAGUAGAUCUGGAUGGGGAGGGUAAGUCAGACAUCGGGACCAACGGGGAGCUUCAGCAGGCAGAAGGCCCCCAGGAAAAGGAUGGCAGGAAGAGCGGGGAGCCACAGAGAGCGGAAGGGCCCAAGCUGAAGGACAGGCAGGCGGGCUGGUGGUACCAGCUGAUGCAGAGCUCCCAAGUUUACAUCGACAACUCCACCGAAGGCUCAAAGUUUGUCAAAUGGGAGAAGAGGAAGAAGUCUACAGCCAGGGCCCCGGGAAAUGGAGCCGAGGACGCAGAGGCAAGGUGCAGGUUCAGCCAGCCUCCGCCAAGAGAGGGUGUGGUGGAGGGGGCGGAAGCCAGCCAGGCGGAAGAUGUGCCGAAGGAAGCUGAUGGUGAGCGCUGUAGUAAAGGAGGUGACUGCAAGGCCAAAGGGAGGCCUUCGUCGAUGGGAGGUCACGCAGAGUCAAGGGGGAAUGAGCUUAAGGAGCCGGAGCGUCGGUCUGCUGCCCCAGGAGGACCGGACGAGGGGCCUUCACCGGCAAUGCGAUGGGGCAGGCUGUUUGGAGCCACCGUGGGAAACGCUGUCAGGACAGACAAGGAAGAGCCGGGAUUCAGCAGAUCUGCAAAGAAUAGGUUGCCAUCAGGGUGGCUGAGUCUGGACAAAUCAGUGCUGGGCCUCAUGGCUCAGACUGUGGGGGCUGCCAGGCGUCCAGACGCCCCUCCCGCUUCUCAGACCCGCCUCGUCUCCACGGUGCAAGAGACGCAAGCAGCCGCCACUCAGCAGCACACUUCAUGGGAGGUGCGCGCCCUGUGUCACCAUAUUGCCACCGAACCUGGACACCUGAGCUUCAACAAAGGGGACGUGCUGCAGGUGCUGGGCCGCGCCGAACCCGACUGGCUGCGCUGCGCUCUGGGAGACCUCGCUGGUCUGGUGCCCAUUAUCUACGUCACGCUGAUCGAGGACCCGCAGGGGCCCCAGAGGCCCCACUGAAUGCACGGACAGACCGAUGUACAAACUGACAGGCACAGGCACACACACACACACACACACACACACACACACACACACACAGAGAGAAUCCCACACAAACAACGAAUCCAAGGCCCUCAAUCAUCAACUUGCAAACUCUCAGCCUUUGCCUUCAGUUUUGCUAUGAAAUUGAACCAAACAUUUUUUGAACAAUUAGUUGUUUAAAAAAGAAGUAAAGCUACCUUAAGUAUGAUGGGAAAAAUUAAAUCCCGCUGGUCUUACAGGGCCCGUUGUCUCUACGGCUCGGAGAGUCAAACAUCCUCGUACAAAACGCAUAUAAACACGUGUUCACAGAUACGAAAAUCCACAGUUCGGUCCAACGGUGUGCAGUCUGCCAGGGUCUUUGUGUUUGUUAUUACAGCGCAUGAGCAUCAAGAUGCCAGGACAAGAACAGGGCAACUGGAAAGGGACACCUGUACUAUACCAGUAAAGGGAUAUGACUCUUACCGUGGUUUACCGUGUGCUGGUAAGAGGUACACAUUCUUUGCCGUGUUUUCUUGUGCUUUUAACAUCCUGAUGAGUUUCUCUGGUGAAAUCUGUAGAAAGAAAGCACAAGACCAACUCAGAAAAAGCCAAGCUGAGACGGAGAGCUGGCCACGGAUUUAGUGGCAGUGUGCACGAGGCCAGGCGGUCUGGACUACUGGUUAGUUCACGGUGAUGGCUAACUAACACUAUGAACGUGAGGCAAACACUCGAAAUAUAUGUCUGUGUGUAUCUGUACCGUCAGUAUCUAGUUUUUUAGUCGGGGGGUUUCUCCGCAGUGCCAACUCUUCACUCCUCCUCUAUGUACAUUGAUCUCUUCGAUGGACUUUUUGCAGGGUUUUACAGGGUAGCGGUUUAGUCACGUCUGUAUUUAUUGAAAACACAGCUGCUUUCGUGGCUCCUGAUAACAUCCCACUAUAAUGAAGGCAGUUUUUGAGUCUCUCAAGUUUGAAAAGUCGUCAGGAACGAGCUGAGUGUAGCUGAAAGAGUGUGUGUGUGUGUAUGUGAGUGAAAGAGGCCUGGGCCAGAUUUCCCGUAGACUUGUUCAAAGAGCACCCUGACUCUACCUUUGUUUCGCACCGGCCCGUUUUGGACUCUCGGAGCCCCUUUGUUCUUGGGCUGUGAAAGUAAAUGUGGACAUAGACGUGUGCGUUUGGCAAAACCAAGCGUGUGUGGGAAGAGAGAGUGACCCGCGAGUCCUGCCUCGUGUCCCUUGACCGCCCCCUGCUGCCGCAGCGUCGUUCCUGGCCGGCCAGCCGGGAGGGGGCUCGUCGCAGAGGGGGAAGCAGACGGCCGCCGUCACCGCACGUGUUCCGGGGUCGAGCGCUCCCGUCCUUCACCCACGCGCCGCUCCUCCUCUUGUCGUGCGCGCCCGGUGCCCUCAGCACCCAAAAGAACACGCGCGAGCGAGCCACGAUCACGCGCGUAUUUAAAUUACGCGUUGCUCAGUUAAUCUGCUGACGAUUAUUGCUAUUUAUCCUUCGCGGUUGCAUGUUGUCUUGCUGUUUAGUAAGGGUACGACGCUUUGCUUCAUGGGCUUGUGAAAGGAGCGUGGAUGUGUGGGGGGAGAGGCGGGCGGGAGGGCAGGGUUCACCGCACACAGCCGGAUCGGUCCAGUCCUUCCCGUCUCCGUCUCCGCGUGGACCGUGCGGCACACGCCCGUACCAUGAGUGCUCCCUCCGAGCCCUUGCACAAAAACUGAGUUGGCGCGAUGCACUGCUUUCUGGUGCCAAAUCGUAAGCGCGGGAAACUCACUUUUCGGCAGUGGAUGCAGUAGGCCUAGUUUUCGAUGCUGACCUUUGGUACUCUCCGCAUUUGGUGACGGCCUCAAAAUGACGCGGGGCUGAGUUCUUGUGCGGCGGCAGGUUCGACUGCUGCGUCUGGAUAUUUGAUGAGGAAGCUGCUGGAUUGCAGUAUAAGUGACGCUUGAUUUUCGGAGUCCGGGUGGAGAGCAGACGCUGCGUGCUUUCCUUGUGUUUCUGGAACCGUCCACGAUCCACGACAGGUACCUUUAAACCAAGUGGUGUUUUUAAGAGAGGACGCUGACUCCGUGCCCUGUGAAGGUGAACUUUGAUUGACGGUAACUAUGAAGGUAUAUGAUUUCGAGCAGAAACACUUGAUUUUAUUUUACUCACUUUGUGUGGGAAACCUCUGCCAGUGUUUUUUUUUGUUGUUGUUUUUUUUUUUUUUUUAUGUAUUGUGUUUAAUUUUUUUUUUCCAGCAGGUUGUAGAACUACAUUAUUUUUGAUAUCAUUUUGGUGUAAAGACUAAAUAAUUUAAUAUUUUAUUAACAAAAACGUGUAUAUAUAUUUAGUUUAUUUAAUUGCACUUGGAGGAAGAGGGGAUCUGAAAGGAAUGUGUUAAUUUUUCGCAGUUAACAUGUUCACGAGGAAAAACAUAAUUGCGUUAUUUUCCGUGCCGGCUUGCCAUGCAUGUUGCACUUCCCAGAGGUGGUCUUACUGGGGGGAGGGGGCUGACAGUUCAUUACGGAGUCCGGUCCAAGUCCGCGGGCUCCCUCGUCGGUGCUUAUCGACUGUGGCGCUUCGUGCUUUUUCUUCCGGUGGCGCCGAGCAGCGUGAACAGAAGGAAACGGCAUUCGACACUGUGCGUCGCAGCCACACGCCUCGUGGUGACGGAGUUCACAAAGUGUCCCCUUUCCUUUUGGCCGAGGUGCGACUUCCAGAGACGCUCCGAUCUCUUCCUUGCGCCCGCAGCCACCUUUCAGUUACGCUCGGUGUAUUUACUUAUUUAUUCUUUGAAGGUUUGCCAGGAGGUAUUAAUACUGUACAGUUACCGUUUGUCUGUGCGGGAGGAGUGAGGGGGCGAGAAGUGCGAAGGGGGAACAAACGUGUGUCUGGAGGGGGCGCGUGGGGGGGGGGGGGGCGCAGAGAGUCGGGCUGUUUUGCAGUGCGUUGCUCUUAUUAUGUUGCUCAGAUCCAGCUGUACUCUUCUUACCCCUGCUUGUACUGUACAUACUUCAAGUGGCGCCGAAGUCUUUUUCAUGCUCUAUGAUGUGGGUGACCAUAGCUAUGUAAUAAGAUUAUUUAUAACGAGGUGCUCAUGUGAACACAGCUGAGAUAUGUCUUGUCUUUUGUUGUAUAAUUUGCAAACAUUUAUAAAAAAUAUAUAUCC